AUGGCUUUAAGGAAAGUCCGAGGUCUUAGAAGGAACUCGGGCCCGGUCUGUGGGAACUUCGAGGUGUUGUCAGCCGUGUGGGCGUUAGGCCUCCUCGCGCCCUCCGCCCAGAUGUCCGUCAGGAGGCAGCUGCAGCCCGGAGAAGGCGCUGAGGAUUCCGUGGCCUCCUCACCCAGCCCUCGCGAUAGCAGUCUUCCAGAUGACACUGAGAAAGGGAAAGGUGUUGGGACGUCCGCCUCUGGAUUUCAUCUGCGUUCACAGUCACCGACGGACGAGCCAGGCGAGAGAAUCUUCAAUGACUCAGUGGUGAACUUCGUGAGAGAUCUGACACUGUCAUCAAGUGACGAGGAUAUUCGGACACUGAUGGCCGUUUUGCACUCUUUAAUGUCGGACGGCACCUUCGGCCCCCUUACGGCAACCGUGACCAGGGGGAACUCGGCCAUCAAGCGAGAGGGCCAGAUGCCAGGGCGCGUCGGCCAGCAGGUGCAGGACCAGCUGGGGGAGCAGAUGGAGGCUCUGACCAAGGGCGAGGUCGAGGUCGUGCCUCAGCAGAUGGCCGAGUUCACCCUCGAACCGCAUCUCGGUCCCGCCAUAUUGCCUUUCCAGGUUCCUGAAGGAUACUUCGUGCCCUUUCUCCCCCGUCGAGCCUUCGGCGUGGUAAACGGCGCUGUACGCCCCCCGCACGGCCACGGCACCUUCUACGUGCACCGCCCUCCCGGCCUCGUCGACGUGCCCAACUCCCCUGCCUUCGGGUUCCUCUUCAGCGGCUACAGGAGGUUCGACCCAGAGGCCCCGCGCGCGCCCCACGAUUUCCACGCGUCUCCUGCCAGCGCGAUCGACGAAUCCCCCCUGGUCGAGCACGGGGAAUCCCCCCUGGUCGAGCACGGGGAAUCCCCGGCCUCGGCUGACGUGGAGGAAGUAAUUCCCUGACCGAGAGUAAUCCUUGUAAUCCUUUUAUUACUGGUGAUUUUUUUGAUUGGCAAUGAUGAAACAUUUUUAUACAAAUCAUUUGAUGAUUAAUUCUAUGCAUUUUACGGUUUUAUAAACACGUUUACAAUAAACUUACAAAAUAAUCAA